AUGUUGAUGCUUUUACUGCUUGGAUUUUACAGUGCAAGCGCAGGAGUCUGUACGCAAUAUUACUGCGCAUCGUGCUAUAAAAUAAAGAUUAAACUGAAGGAAGAAGUUCCCCAUUGCACAAAACUAUUGAAGAAAAUGGGCUGCUGUCAAAAAUAUAUAAGACAUGAUACAGGACUUUUCGGACAGAAGGGUUGUCUCAAGACAGACAGCAGUUCAGAGAAUAAAAUUUUGGAGAAUCUUUGCACAGAUUCGAAUAAAAAAAUAUGCAAGGAAGACGAAUUCGUCGAAGAGAAACAAGAAAACUUCAUCGCUAACUUGACGGACAACUUAGAAAAAGGUUUCCAGCAGUAUGAAAAUUUCACUGCAGAUGGCGUUUGCAUCACUGUUUCUGAUUCUGCGUCCCCGCUCUUCAGGACAACCUUGAUUAUUUGCAUCUUCACAGCACUCGGUCUUUUAGGUGUCUUCGGUUUGUUACUCCAUCAUCGAAAGAAAGCACUAGAAGAAUCGGAAAAAGGGCGAUGCUCUCAUAUAAUGGCCACGAGUGGAACCAUCGGAGCUGCUGGACUCAUGUCCGUGUAUGGAAACAAUAUUCCUGAGCGUCAAAGUGAUGAGGCGAAAAAGUUGACUGACAUAUAA